AUGGCUUCGCCGAUGAUUACGAUAAAGAUGGCAGUAAUCGUCGCUAUGUUUUUGUUUGUAAAGUCUUUUGUUCCUAUCGUUGUAGAAUUCUACUUAUAUCGAUUUCCAAACCUAUGGAGUUCAUUGCUCUCGUGGCUGAAACCACCUUACCUCUUCAUCAUCAUCAACGUUAUAAUUGUUACAACGAUUGUAGCUUCUUCCAAGUACUUCCAAACCACUACUGGUGACCUAGAUUGUGAGGAGAAGGGAUUUGAAAUGAAUGAAAUGGAUGGAUCUUUCGUGGCCAUAUUUCCACUUGUCACGGAUGUGGAGAAGGAGGAUGACGAAGCAGAGACUGAGAAGCCGCUGGUUUUGGCAAGAUUCAGCCACCGUAAACCGGUUAAAGUUACUUCAAAAGGUAACAAAAGGAAGGAACCAAAUCGGCCCGAGAACAUGCGAAAGAUGAUGUGGUUGGCUAAUCAUUCCUGGAGGUCUGAAUCGCUCAGAUUUGCCACCCGGGAGGAGACACGAGUCACACGACCUGUCUUGAGGGAAUUGGAGACUUUCAGGGAUAUGACUAAUAAUUAUCCAAUGUCUCCCACGGUGACACGGCCGGUGAACAUGAGGAAGGAGGUGUCGCCGAGUCUGGAAGAGCUGAAUAGACAAUGUGAAGCUUUUAUAAAGAAGGGUAAGGAGGAGAUGCUGGAGUCGCUGAUCUUGGACAACGAUGUGGAUUUAACAAGCGAGGCUUAUUAG